AUGUGCACCACUAAGCCUAUCGGUGGCUGUCGGCGUACACAAGACCUGCUUCGCGUGAGGGCUACAGACCCAAGACCCUGCCCGAAGUGUGGCAAAAUUUACCGAUCAGCUCACACUUUAAGAACCCAUCUUGAAGAUAAACACACCGUUUGCCCUGGCUAUAGAUGCGUUCUGUGCGGAACGGUAGCAAAGUCUCGGAACUCCCUCCAUUCGCAUAUGUCACGACAACACCGCGGGAUCUCCACCAAAGACCUGCCUGUACUACAGAUGCCAACAAGAUUCGAUCCAGAACUAGCCAGCCAACUAUUAGCUAAGGCUGGUGUGAAGGUAUCACCAGAGCAGCUGAGGGCGCGCGCUUCUCCAACCGGGCCGAGACGAUCUGAUAUCAAGCUUGAUGCGAAGUCUGCUGCAUCUGAAAGCAGCUCUAUAUGUGGAGACAACGAGCACGAUGACCUUAGUCAGUCGAAAUAUCAAGACAGUAUCCCUGUGUCACCACCGCAUAUAAACAACUUAACCAAUACCACGAUAACAAAAGUGCCGGCUGUACGAGCAGUUACAGCCAAGGCGGUUGAAAAUCUCCCGCACGGGUUAUCCGGUAUGAAGCACGAUGAUUACCCGCCAGGAUUUGGAGGCGGCUCUGCUAUUCUCGACACUUAUUUACAAUAUAUUGGAGAAAAUGUUUUUGGAAUGAAUGCUGCAAAACUCGCACAAAUGAAUGCAAUGCACAUGGAAAGAAAAACAUAUGAUGAACCCUCACCCCAAAUGGGAUCGCUUCCACCUCCGCCCACCACACUAGCUCACCAACGCUUCCUCAAACAAAUGCAAAGACAAUACACGGAAAACAUGGGAAAGCCGGAUAUAAUGCGUGACUCUGAAGAACCUUUAGAUCUGGGUAAAGAAAGGCAAAGGAACGACAGCAUCAGCGAGGCUGAGACCGACAGGCAAGAUAUAGACAAAGAGAUGAGUAAAGAUUACUUCAAUAAGGGAUAUAACGACGAUGACAGGAAUAGAAUACACAUGUCCGAAGACCAUGAAAACAUGGGGCACGAGGACGACUAUUCAGAAGACGAGCAUAAUAAGGCAGCUUCAUGA